ACCUCGAAGGAGGGGGGGAGGGGGUGGAGUCUUUACACAUAUGAGGUGCUGCCGGCUCUGCGACAGAGGCAUUCUUAUCAUUGACUGGAGCCCGCUGCCUCAAGUCAACACGAAGCAUGAACUGCCUGGCAGCGCUAAUAGGAUUCCAGGCACUCGCGACCCCAUCGUCCUUUGCGCAGGGGACGGAGAGACUGAAACAGCGGCAGUUAAAGGCAUAAGGCUUCAGUUAUACCAUCUGCGACCAGGAGAGAGAGGGUCAUUGGGGAUUGUAACAAGGGACAAGCAAAGAAAAGUUGCAUAUCGGGAAAAGACCAUCGUCGAGACUUCUCUCUCCUUUCCGGUCCAGGUGUCAGUGAGGUGUGCGGAGAUGUUCUAGGCCGAGGGAGAGAGAUCUCCUCUCCCCCCCCCCGCCAGCCCCCCCCCGUCUGCCUGGACCCCGAGUCCGGCCAGGCUGCGGGGCGGGGGCGGGGGCGGGAGCAUGGGCAGGUGGCCAUGGUAACGCAGAGCGGGUGUGAGGUCAUGGAGAGCGGCGGUGCGACGCGCUACAGGACGUUCAGCUCGCGGCGGCAGCAGCAGCUGGUCACGGCGGCCGAGCGGAAGCUCCAGGAGAGCGGCUUCUACUGGGGGCCCCUGAGCGGGCGUGAGGCCGGGGCCCUGCUGGGGCCACAGCCGCCGGGGACCUUCCUGCUGCGCGACAGCGCCCACCAGCAGCACUUCUUCACCCUCAGCCUGCGCACCGCCACCGGCACCAAGAACCUGCGCAUCGACUGCGACAGCACGGCCUUCUCCCUGCAGACCGACCCCAGCAGCCCCCACAACCCCCCGCGCUUCACCUGCCUGCUCCAACUGCUGCAGCACUACAUGGCCCUGGGGCCCUCCUCCUCCUCUCCCUCCCCCUCCUCCUCCUCUCCCUCCCCCUCCUCCUCCUCUCCCUCCCCCUCCUCCUCCUCUCCCUCCCCCUCCUACUUCAUCUCCUCGGGGGGGGAGAAGGUUCCUCUGGAGCUCCUGAGGCCGCUCUGCUCCUCCAUGGUGUCGCUGCAGCACCUGUGCAGGAGGACGCUCAACGGGCACCUGGAGGCCUGCCGGGAGAGGGAGGGGCUUCCCCCCCCCCUGCAAGACUUCCUGCAGGAGUACGAUGCGGCCAUAUAAGGCCUUCCUGCAAGAGUAGGACGCGCCCAUAUAAGGAGCCCCCCAGUAAUCCAGGGAACCCCACGGAUGGUCUGACUUUGGGACUUGGUCAGGAGGGGAACUGAGGAAGAAAUGGGGUUUCCAUGCCAAUGGUCUUCGCAUUGCAGGGAGGAAGGGGGCAGGGCGGGUUGAGGGACCAGAUCAAAUGUGGCGAGGGGAUGCUGCCGUUGCCAUGGUAGGCGGUCUCAGGAUGGGGGAUGCUGAUUGGAUAGGGCAGUUCAGGAUGGGGGAUGCUGAUUGGAUAGGGCAGUUCAGGAAGGGGGAUGCUCAUUGGAUGGGGCAGUUCAGGAUCGGGGAUCCUGAUUGGAUGGGGCGGUUCAGGAAGGGGGAUGCUGAUUGGAUGGGGCAGUUCAGGAUCGGGGAUCCUGAUUGGAUGGAGCAUUCCGGAUGGGGGUGGUGUGGGAGGAGCGCUGCAGGAACGUUGAGGGAACGUUGUGGGGAGGUUCCAGAAUCCAUCUCUGUCCUCAGUUCGUCUCUCUCUCUCACUCUCUUUCGCCAUCUCUCUCCUUCUCUCUCUCUCUUUCUCUCACUCUCUCAACUAUUUCUCAUCUCUAUCCUUCUCUCUCUCUCUUGCUCCCUCCUCCCAUCCGUCUCUCCCCUCUCUUAGCUUUGGGUGCCAUUUUGGCUCCUCCUGCAGGAGGUUGUUUCCUCAGCAGCAGGCUGUAUUGGAUGUGGGUCUGAGUGUGUUUCUCAGAGCCGGCCGGGGGCAGUGCUACCUGCCCAGCCAAAGCACCUCUUUAAGACCCACUGCAUUAAGAACUACAGCCCCUGCAUUACCACCUGCAACCACAGCCCCUGCGUUGCCGCUAACAACCACAGCCCCUACGUUACCGAUAGCAACCACAGCCCCUACGUUACCGAUAGCAACCACAGCCCCUACGUUACCGAUAGCAACCACAGCCCCUACGUUACUGCUAGCAACCACAGCCCCUACGUUACCGAUAGCAACCACAGCCCCUAUGUUACCGCUAGCAACCACAGCCCCAGCCCCUGUGUUACCGCUAACAACCACAGCCCCUGUGUUACCACUAGCAACCACAGCCCCUGAGUUACCGCUGGCAACCACAGCCCUCAUUCCUCACAAUGUAACUGACGAGGAAGUCUUUAAAAAAAUACAACACAAGCACUGCCUGGGCUGCGGCCUUCCCAGCAGGAAACACCCACAGCCAACUUCCAAGAACAACACAGAGCGCUUUAAAGCUUGACAUCGGCUGUGAAUGGAAAGGAGAUUUGAGAAAGUAGGAAAAUAAGGUUCAGGGGACACACUGUCCCAAAUGGAGAGGGGCGACAUAUGAUGGCUUUUGUGCGCUGCUGGAUGUACGCUUUCUUUCCCCGGAGUCAGGGGAAUGGCCAAUAAGGUUCUCUCAUUGUAAUAUUUGCAUUUUAUUAUUUUUAAGUACUCUUUAUGUUCUUCAAAACCAAGACAAUGUUUACAUAUGUGAUAAUGAAAGAAGACAACAUACUUUUGGAUUUAGUUUUCUCUGUCUUUUAUAAAGAUGCCUUCUUAAUCUUUAGCCAGGUCACUGGCCAUACAAGCUUGAAAGUCUGAAGAUGGAAGCAUAAAAACUAACAAAGACAACUAUUAUAAAAGAGCAGCACAUAUUUAUAUUUAUAAGAACAUUUCAGUAAUUUAUAUUAAAAAGCACUAUUUUUA